AUGGCCGCCCAACAGACUCCCAAGCAGCGCCUCGCGCUCGCCAUCUGCGACUUCCUGACCACGUCAACGACGGACGGCACCCUCACCGCCGAGGACAAGGACUCCAUCGACGUGGCCAUCAACUGCAUCGCCGAGUCCUUCAAGGUCGACCCCAGCGACGACGCCGCCGUAAAGGCCGCCAUUGGCCCCCAGAAGCUGCUCGACGUCUUCGCCGUCUACGAGAAGCUCCAGGCCAAGGACAAGGCCGCCAGCCCGGCCGCUUCCCCCGCCGCCGCCGCAUCAUCAUCUUCUUCUUCCUCCGUCCCUGAACCCACCGAAGCCCAGAAGAAGGAGGCCGAGUCCCUCAAGUCAAAGGGCAACGCCGCCAUGGCCCAGAAGGACUACGCAGGCGCCAUCGAUCUCUACACCCAGGCCCUCGGCCUUCACCCUUCCAACGCCGUCUUCCUGUCCAACCGCGCCGCCGCCCACUCCGCCGCAAAGGACCACGCCUCCGCCCGCAUCGACGCCGAAGCCGCCGUCGCCAUCGACCCCUCGUACACAAAGGCCUGGUCCCGCCUGGGCCUCGCCCGCUUCGCCCUCGGCGACCCCAAGGGCGCCAUGGAGGCAUACCGCCAGGGCAUCGAGUACGAGGGCAACGGCGGCUCCGAGGCCAUGAAGAAGGGCUUCGAGACCGCCAAGCGCCGCGUCGACGAGCUCGAGGCCGACCAGGCCCAGGACAACCUCUCCCGCGCCGCGCCCGGCGCUGGAGCCGGCGGCAUGCCCGACCUCAGCAACCUCGCCUCCAUGUUCGGCGGCGGCGGCGCCGGUGGCGGUGGCAUGCCCGACCUCAGCUCCAUCAUGAGCAACCCCAUGUUCGCCAACAUGGCCCAGAGCCUCAUGAGCAACCCCGACCUGAUGAACAACCUCAUGAGCAACCCGCGCCUGCGCGACAUGGCCAACCAGUUCAGCAGCGGAGGCGGCAUGCCCGACCUCGGCUCUCUAAUGUCCGACCCCAACAUUGCCGAGAUGGCACGGAAUAUGAUGGGCGGUAACGGAGGCGCCCCAGGCGCUCCCGGCUCUGGCGGUGCAGGACGGUAA